AUGUCGGGCAUCAUCAACAAGGUUAAGGACGCCGUCUCCGGCCACCACUCCUCCAACACCACCACCUCCACCUCCGGUGCUCCUGAGGGUACGCACGGUCCUCACGGCCGUGUUGGCAACGCCGCUGACCCGAGAAUCGACUCUGACGCCGAUCACCGUGCCGCCCCAGGUACGACUCACGGCACCACGGGACACACAGGUCCUACCGUUGGACACAACACCCACACUGGUCCUACCACGGGCAUUCACACCGGUCCAACCACUGGAACCAGCACACAUACCGGCUCGACCAACCAGGGCCCUCACAACUCCAAUAUGCUUAACAAGGCUGACCCUCGUGUCGACUCCGACCGCAGCGGAAACACCAUGGGCAACACCGCCGGCGACUACCGUGGAAGCGGCCCUGAGGGCGUUGCUGGCCCCCACAACUCACGUGCCCUGAACGCUGCGGAUCCCCGUGUUGACAGCGACCGCGAUGCGAGCCGCACUGUCGGCAACACCUACGGCAGUUCUGGCACAGCUGGCACCACCGGCGGCUACGGCAACUCUACUGGCAUGGAUGGCACUAGUGGUCUGACCGACUCGCAUGGUACAACUGGAACUCACGUAACAACUGGUACCCACGGCUCCAGCGGUCUGCCCGGUACCCACGGAGCGACUGGCACCCACGGCACCAGCGGUUUGACCGGUUCGCACGGCACCCACGGCACCAGCGGUUUGACCGGUUCGAACGCAACAACCGGCACUCACGGUUCUAGCGGUUUAACUGGUAGCCAUGGCGCUGCUGGCACAUACGGCAGUGGUCCAGGACCCGCUUCCAAAACCGCUGGCCCUCACAAGUCGGAUGCCUUGAACAAGGCCGACCCUCGUGUCGAUUCCAACAUGGAUGGAAGCAAGACCUACGGUGGUGACAAGACUUACACGUCUGGCCACAAUGUUACCAAGGAUCCUACCGAUGCGGCGCAAGUUCCGCCUUCAGAAAUGCGGAAGGUACAUGGGGAUCCUGCCAUCCAACACGGAGAUCACGGACACGGCCGUGACCGCCGGAACAGCUUGGCUACGGCGCAAGAAACGCACCGAGGCAUCUAG